AUGAAGAUUCCAAAGACGACGAGUAAUCGAAACUCAGAAGAAUCAUUUCUAGUUCAAAACGCAGACCUAAUCCUCCCAUGGCUAACCCAUCAACAACUCGCCAAUCUUUCCCUAACCUCCAAAUUACUCCACAAACUCACUCAAACCCUAACCCUAAAUCGUAUCUCCGACGCUUCCAGAAACUUCGAGAAUUUCCCAAUCCCAUUCCUCAACAACAACAACAAUCACAAUCACAAUCACCCUUACUCAUACUUUCUCUACACACCUUCACUUCUUCUCUCCAGCACUAACUUCCCUCGUUACCAACCAUGGGGUGGCAAUUCUGUAAUUUCAACGAACCUUAAAACGAUUGAUAAUAAUGAUAAUGAUGAAUCAGUGAGGUUUGUUGAUGUGGCGGGUUGUGAUUGCGGUGAGGUUUGUGGUGAUGGGUGUGUGUGUUUCGGGUUUUGUGAUGAUGUGGGAAGGGAAUGUGGGCCGGGUUGUUUUUGUGAAGUGGGGUGUGGGAAUAGGGUGAGUCAGAAUGGGGUUGCCGUUAGGGUUAAGAUUGUGAGGUGUGGAGAGAAAGGGUGGGGGUUGUUUGCUGAUCAGGUUAUUUCUAAAGGACAGUUCUUGUUUCAAUAUGCAGGUGAACUAUUGACAACCAAGGAAGCACAAAGGAGACAACAACACUACGAUGAAUUGUCAUCACAUGGUCAUUUCUUUUCUGCACUUUUAGUUGUAAGGGAACACUUGCCAUCUGGAAAUGCAUGUUUGAGAUUGAACAUAGACGCCACAAGAAUAGGAAACGUAGCACGGUUUGUAAAUCAUUCAUGUGAUGGCGGUAAUUUAAGCACAAAGCUAAUUAGAAGUACAGGAGCUUUGUUCCCACGCCUUUGCUUCUUUGCUUUGAAAGAUAUCCAAAAAGAUGAAGAACUUACUUUUAGCUAUGGAGAAAUCAGGAAAAGGUCUAACGGGUUGCCGUGUUACUGCAACAGCCCUUCUUGCCUUGGAACAUUGCCGUCAGAAGACACUUGA